AUGAGCAGCCUCCUGGUUAGGGACAAGAGCCCGUUAUAUGAGAUUCCUUCACAAAGGACUUCCUAUCCCAUCGAAACCAAAAUCAUUUCGACUCUUGCCCUUCUCGUCCUAGGAUAUUAUGUUCUCUCAUUCUUUGAUGCCUGGCCAUCUACCAUCAGACGAUCCCUCUACGAAUCAUUUGUCUACCUCAUUCCCUCACCGCUCAUCUACGCCAUGCAAUAUGGGAUGAUUCGACUGGGCCGUUUGGCUCCUGAAGAAGCAAAAUUCACCAAAGCCCGUUAUGGGGAUAUGCUUGCAAAACAAGAGGCCCUCCGUCGAAUGUGUGGACAACCGCCGAUCCCGAUCGCACUGCGAAAGAUCAGCGGCAUUCCGGGGGUAGGAGGAUACAUAUCACUGGGAAAUGACGUUGGUCCUCCUGGAUUGGGUAAUUGGGACAACUCUUGCUAUCAAAACAGCGUCCUGCAGGGACUGGCCUCCUUACCCGCGUUUAUGGAAUUUAUGGAAAGCAGCUUGGAAUUAUGUGACAAAUACGAUGUUCCAGCGGCAACGCAUCGAGCCCUGGUGGAUUUUCUCCAAAAACUUGCCGAUUCAGGUUGUCGCAAGAAUGUCUUGUGGACGCCUACUGUUCUCAAAUCAAUGGAUAGUUGGCAGCAGCAAGACGCUCAAGAAUACUUCUCAAAAGUCAUGGACGCUGUGGAGAAGGAAGCGAAUGCAUAUGCCAAAGUCAUGAAACGCUCCAAAACUACCGGUCUAGAGUGUCUAGGCGCCGCCCGAAUACACAAAUCUCAGCAAGAGACAAGCAGUCCCUUGGAAGAUCCCCAUAUUUCGCAGACUUCUCAAGCCAAAGAAGAAGCCGCCGCCAAUCUUCUACCCCUUGGAAUGCCAAAUCCCAUCGACGGUCUGACCGCACAGAUUCUCGAAUGUGAGACUUGCAAGUUCACCGAAGGGUUGUCUCUGACACAAUUCAACUGCCUGACUCUAAACAUGGGUCUACGGGGCCCAUCGGAUGUCGAGGACUUGCUCCACGAAUAUACUGCUCCAGAGGAGGUAGAAGGCGUUGAGUGUGAAAAUUGUACAGAGCUGGCUUACGCUGAAACCGAAGGGUCGAAUGGCAAAGUGGGAAAGUCCAAGGAAACAGACGAGAUGUCAAAGCAACGAAGAAAACCAGUCUUGCGGACAAAGGCGAAGCAGAUAACAGUAGGAAGACUGCCGACGGACUUGGUUCUUCACAUUAAUCGAAGCAUUUUUGAUGAAUAUGGAAACCAACAAAAAAACACAGCCCCAGUGAGAGUCCCUCGUACAUUGAGGUUCUUGCGUCGGUGGUGUGCUCCUCUUGACGAGAACGAUGAUCAUGUUGAAGCAUUGUAUGAGUUGAAAUGUUUGGUCACGCAUUUCGGUCGACACGAUAAUGGCCACUACGUUGCGCUUGGAAAACGUGGCAAAGAUUGGUAUUCUUUCAACGACGAGAUUGUCACCAAACUCACCGAAGAAGAAGUUCUGAGUCGAGGAAAUGGCUUCAUGUUAUUUUACGAAUCCAUCCCCUUCCGACCGCAUUCGGAGGCCGCAGCAGAGAGGGUGUCGAUUGUUGCGGAACAUAACGAGAAUCCCCGAAGCGCGGAAGAAGAAGCAUGCCAGGAUCUAACGGACGUCCUGCCCGAAUCUUCAAAGAGUGACUUGGACUCUAGUCCACGACGCUCGUCGACCCUCACACCAUCAUCCCCCGAGUCACCUCAGACACCUUCCUGGCCUUCGGAAUCAAGUUCUCCAGUUGAGCCACCGCUAAUCGGUGGCGAGCUGCAUAAAGAAAUUCCUUUCCUGCCCAUGAGGACGGCCAGUGAUGUUACCAGCCGUACAGAAGAACAGCACCCAACAGAUGCUCCUAUAGUGUCCGCUCUAUAA